AUGACGUUCCACAGAGCCUCGGUAGACCUGUCGAUGACGCGCAACGUAUCCCGCCAUUGCCGGGUGCAGCUGGAGAGACGUAGGCGUAAACAGUCCCGUCUGUACAGGGACUGUUUACGCCUACGUCUCUCCAGCUGCACCCGGCAAUGGCGGGAUACGUUGCGCGUCAUCGACAGGUCUACCGAGGCUCUGUGGAACGUCAUCCUGGCGAAGCUGCGCACCGACACUACCCUGAAACGAAGAGCAGCAGAAACACGGACGCCUGGAAGCAGUGUCCAUACCAGCGGAGUCGAGGCUCUGCCUGACUCGAUCCUGGAGGCUCUACGUCAUGGACCGAAAUUUGCCGUCGAGCCGAGGACUUCUACACCGGAACUACUGGCAAUGGUGCGACGAGUUGCGCGCGCAGGGCCAGAGUCUGAAAGUGCCAGGUGCCUGUCCGACGGAGUCGACGUGGUUGCCCGUUGCAAAAUGGGCACGAACCGCCUACCUGUGCGACAAGUGGUGACGUAUUCGAAAGAGCAUUCCCUCUCGUUGCUUACUUCUGACAAGGAGGGGGGCUUCGCUGUGAUGCCGAAAGACGUCUACCAAUAUAAGGCGUUAGAGGCCAUAAGUUCUGUUUUUAACAGUCAUGAAAAGUCUGUUCUGCGAAAAGCAAAGUCAGCUGCAAAGAAGCUUUGCGGAAAUCUAAAACUCGACCGCCUUGUGCGUAGCAUCGAAACUAGCAAAAAAUCAUCCCUUGACAUGUUUUUCACUGUUAAAACGCAUAAACCUGAGUGGCCCCUGCGGGUUAUAGUAUCUGAGAAGGGCACUUGGCAGAAAACGAUUGCCCUGUUUUUGCAAGAAAAACUAAAGCUACUAACUGUUGACGAUCCUUUCCAGGUGAAAUCCUCAGACGCUGUAAUAAGGUUUUUAAAAGACAAUUCUAGCACUGACUUUGCAGCAUGCUCUGUAGAUGUUAAAGAUUUAUAUUAUUCGAUCCCCCAACAUGAAAUUUUGGAGUGCGUGGAAGAAUGUAUAGAUGCACACGGUGCUGUCGCUUUUCAGAACGCCUCCGGGGUUUCAACCGGUGGGUUCCUGGAACUCCUUUCUGUAUACUUGAAAUCCACUUAUGUUACGUGGGAAGGGAAUGUGUACCUCCAGAAACGCGGCGUCUGUAUAGGGUCAUGUAUUGCGCCAGUACUUAGCGAUUUGUUUCUUGCCCAGAAAGAUAGAUUACUUCGGAACGCCCUAACCAGAACAAACGUCCGGGGAGUCUUUCGGUAUGUUGACGAUUACUUGGUUCUAUGUGAUGGCUCUGGCACGAAUUCAGAUGACGCAGUUUCGGAGGCACUAACAUGCUUUAGUCAUGCGCUUCAGCCGCUUGCUGUUACCCACGAGGUCCCCACGCAAGGGUCUUUGAGAUUCCUUGAUCUCCGGCUCGAGCUCUCCAAAGGGAAGGAUGCGGAAGCCGAGAAGCAGUCCCUUCAGUCUCAACUUGGCGAGCUGGCUGCAAGGUUGGCUGACGCCGCCCGCCAGAUGGACGAAACGACCGAUCAACUCACCAAAGCAGAGGAAGAAGUAAGCUCGUUGCGAGGGGAACUUCUGAGUGUUCAAGAGGAGAAUGCGCAGCUGGUUCACCAACUGGAAAUCAUGGAGAAGCGUGUGUCUGACACCAAAGCUGAACUGCAGGCACAGGAGGACUCGUCAAAGCAAGAGACGGCUGCUCUUAAGGAGAUGAUUGCACUCAAGGAGCAAGAACUGGUGGAGCAGCGGGAGCGGCUUUCCACCAUGGAAGAGAAUUUCGCCCAAAUCCGCCUCGACUCCGAUCACUCUACAGUGAGCCUCUUGAGAAAGGCUCUGGAGGAACGUGACCGGCAGGUGAAGCAGCUGUCGCAGUCCCUAGAACAGGCGACGCGCGACUUGGAGGACCAGAACACCAUAAUCGAGGCACUGCAAACGGAGCGCCGCCAACGGGAUGAAGACAGUCAGGACGGCGGACGAACGGCGGGUAGGGGCGGCCGUUGGCUCGACCUGCAAGGGAAGCUUCGGGAAAAGAGCUUGCUGCUCAGGAGCGUGCAAUCCAUGCUGGGCAAGGUGGAGGAAGAAGCUCGCCUCAAAGACAAGCAGCUCGCGGAAGCUGUGGCUGCUGCCAGGAAGUAUGAGCUGGGCGAGUACGGCCUGUCGGACGCGGUUGCAGAAAUACGAGAUCUCAAGAAGCAGUUGGAAAUUCGCGACCGGGAGAUCGAGAAGCUGACCAGCCAGCUGAACGACAUUGAGAUGGAGGUUCAGGAAGAGUGCGACGACGACAGGAGCACUUCCCCGCGUCGCCACAUCAGGCCGACCAGGAGCGAACUGCAGGAGAAGAUACAGAGACUGGAGAGGGAAAAUAGGCGCCAACGGCUGCGCUUGGCUGCACAGAGGAGUUUAAUGAGAUCAGCAUCAGAAGCUCAGAAAAAGUACCUGGAUAACUUUGCCCAGACGUCACCCCUGCGGGAUUCCUCAACAGAGAAGGACACUUCAGAGACACCGGUGAAGACAAAGUUAACAAAACACGAGGAUGGGAAAAGGGACGAGACUCCACCCUUACAGAGGCACGAAGACAGCAUGGAUGGUGAUCCAGAAGCAGCAGACCCGCAGGUGUUACUGGUGAAUGGAAAAGGCGCGUCACUUGUUCGUCUCUACAAGGAGACUGUUCGCGCUGCUAAGGCGUGGAGAGAUGAUGCACUUCGGUGGACUGAAGGCAGGAAGACGGGUGACAAGGAGCAGUUAGCCAGCAUCGAGGGCAAAUGCUCAGUGCGUGACCUGCUCGAUCGUCACGCGUCUCUGGACCGCCUGAAGGACCACAUCAUCUUGGAGCAGCUCGGGCAUCUUGAAGCAUUUCAAGAGACGUCUUCGAUGCGCAUCAAGUGCCUGCAGCGGCGCUUGGAGGAGAGCGUCCCGAAGGAAGCGUUCAAGUCACUCAACAACGCAUACUCCGAGCUGGCUGCCAGUCAAGCGAGGCUUAUCUCAAGACUUGCAGACGCUGCCACUGCGGACAACAAGCUUGCUGAAGAGGUUUGCCUGUCGACGGAGAAAGGCGUCUUCCACUUGCCUGCUACUGACGACUCCAAGCUUCGUGCCCUUGAGGAGGAGAACGAGCAAUUGCGAGCUCUCCUCGCAGAUCGCACAGGCAAUGUGCAGGUACUCCUGGGUGAACUGAAGAGACUCAAGCACAAACAGAAGGACAAAUCAAAAGAACCACGAAGUUCACCUUCAAGCGACCACAACCAAGUCUCGUCAAAUGAGCAAGCCGAGAGCCUCACAGUGCUGCUGGAAAGACUGUGGACGCAUUUUCAAGAGCUACAGAAAAGGUACGAGCAGAAGGAUGGCGACCUACUAAGGGCAAUGGUUGAGUCGCGUAGACAAAGCGAAGAACUCAAACUGGCACUCACGCAAAUGAGAAUCCAAUGCAGUGGUGCUGUUCCUCUGGAAAAGUUAGAAGUUAUUCUCUCACAGUUCAAGAGUGGACACCAACACUUUCAAGAAGAGAAGGACUUGCCCUCAUGCAAGAAUUGCAGUGCCUUGACCAACACCCUUAGAGCACAAACGGAGGAGCUCAUCACUUCCAGGCAAAAUGCAAAGCUUCUGCAGAAGAAGCUCGACGAGGAGCACCGCAACCUGCAGAUCUCGGCCAACUCCCUCCGUGUCAAAGAUACAAUCAUCCAAGAGUUGAAGCAAGCUCUGCGCCGAGCGGCUGCAGACGAGGCUGUACCUUGGGACAAGAAGAAGCUUAAGAGAUCCUUGCGCGUAGCAAUGUUGACAGUCAACUCAUUGCAGGCACUGAUGCGGCAGAAGGAAGCCACCAUAGAACGCUACCGCGCCUGCGUCGCCACCCUACGCAACGAGAUGCAGCAGCAGAGCCAGAAGCUGUCAGCGGAGGCGCACGUCUUACGUGCAAAGCUACUGGACACCGCGACCGCCCGGGAACAGCCAGAACAAGAUGGCGACGCCAUCCACGACAAGCCGCGACAUUUUCAGGACCAGCUGGAUCAACUCCGUGCACUGGACGAGGCGCACAGGGAAGCCGUCCGCAUACUUCUCCAACAGGCAGCGAAAGUGGUUCCUGCCCCUGUGAUACAAACCAUACCGGCGUCCACUGCGGAAAGUCCCGGCUCUCCUCUCAGCGGAGUGCCUAAAGUGGUUCCGCACUCAACUAGUGUUCCAGGUGAUGUUAUAUUGGAGAGGGAGAGACAACCAGAAGAGGCCAAAAAGACGUCUGCAAUGUUCCGCGACACUGUGAUGUCUCUUCAGAAGGUUAUCGAGGAGAAAGAUUCCGUGAUUGCUCAACGGGAGACAAGCAUCGCCGCACUCGAAGGGAGACUGGCUGAACUCGCCAGCCAGCUUGAAGAAGCUGCCAAGAAGAAAGACUUGGGAAGCCUAGUGCACGCUCUGAAAUCGCAGGUGGACGAUAAAGAGAGGCAGUUGAAGGCACUGAGUCAAGCUCUGGUGGAACUGCGCGCUGAAAUGAUGCGGACGGUGGAGUUCAACGCUGUCGCUGCCAGUAGUGGAGAUGCAGACAACAGGGAUCUCGCACAGCUGCAGGGCGAGUUGCGAGCUGCGCAAGAGAGGGAGCGCUUCCUCGAGGAUGAAGUUCGCCUGCUUCGUGAGGAAAACGAAGCUGUGAAAGAAAACUGCCGAAAAGCCCAAGAGCAAAGGCUGCGCGUGAUGAAGCUUCACAAGGCUCCCUCACGGCGUGGGACGUAGCCUACGCCAUUGCCCAGGAGGCAGUUGAAGACGCAAUGGAGCACUCAGCUAUCACUCACCCACCCUCUCAUUUAGUAGUCAUGUUGAAAGUUCGAGAAACACCGGGCGAGCAUCAAAAUCACAAGGGCCCUCAUGCAGCUAUAGUGUGCGGCAUGAUCCCGGAGUCGAGAGGGGAACUGUACUGUGUGAAAGGAGUUUAUUACUAAAUAAAUAACCUACGAACG